AUGGAUUGGGACCCAGCCACUCCCGCGGUGGCCGAGACCCCUGACAUCAAGCUCUUCGGGAAGUGGAGCACGGACGACGUGCAGAUCAUUGACAUUUCCCUACAGGACUACAUUGCAGUGAAGGAGAAGUAUGCCAAGUACCUGCCCCACAGUGCAGGGCGCUACGCUGCCAAGCGCUUCCGCAAGGCCCAGUGCCCCAUUGCGGAGCGCCUCACCAACUCCAUGAUGAUGCAUGGCCGAAGUUCCAUAUUGAAGGCUGUAGUCUUUGAUGUUCUGCAACAUGCAUUUCAGAUUCCCCUUGCUUUUAGCACACAAGGUUGGGACAUCUGA